CUAUGUUGCUCCACCUCUACAACCCAUAAGCUGCUUACCGAAUCCGGGCACACUGCUUUGUUGUUGCUCGAGAAGGAAAGUCGCGCAGUGAAUUUUUUUCUGUACCAACAACAACAACUAUCAUCUCUUCAACUACUACAACAACAUCAUCAGCGCGCCUACAACAACAGCAAUAAGCACACAUCAAGAUACAAAACAUAGGAAUUAAGAGAAAGCACAGUGUGUGCACAUGUAAAAAGAGAAAAGGAAGAGAGCAAGAAUAAGUUCAACACAAGAAGAUACAAUACAAAAAAAGUUGAGAGAAGCAGCAGAAAAACAACAACAAGAGCAGCAGCAGGCCAGCUGAGAGCGCUGAGCGCCAAAAAGAGGAAGAGAUCGAUCUCACCUCAACUCAACAAAACUCACCUCAUUAUCCCCAAAACCUCCACCCGCAGUCCAAAACUCACCUUCGAUCGAGGGUGUAACUUUUGUUGAUUCGAAAAACACACUCGCAACUCUCAGGAUAUGUACGGCAACAAUAAUCCGGGUAGUAACAAUAAUAACGGUGGUUAUCCCCCAUAUGGCUACAACAACAAGUCGAGCGGUGGGCGUGGAUUUGGCAUGUCCCAUUCUCUACCAUCCGGAAUGGAUACAGAAUUUUCAUUUCCAAGUUCCUCGUCGCGUCGCGGUUACAAUGAUUUCCCCGGCUGCGGCGGCAUCGGUGGAAAUGGCGGGAGUGCCAACAAUCUUGGCGGCGGCAACAUGUGCCACCUGCCGCCGAUGGCCAGCAACAAUUCGCUGAACAACCUGUGCGGCCUGUCGCUGGGCAGCGGCGGUAGCGACGAUCUCAUGAACGAUCCGCGGGCAAGCAACACCAACCUGAUUGUCAACUACUUGCCCCAGGACAUGACCGAUCGCGAGCUGUACGCCCUAUUCAGAGCCAUCGGACCCAUCAACACGUGCAGAAUCAUGAGAGACUAUAAGACUGGCUACAGUUUUGGUUAUGCUUUCGUGGACUUCACAUCGGAAAUGGACUCGCAGCGUGCUAUUAAAGUUCUGAAUGGCAUCACAGUGCGCAACAAGCGGCUCAAGGUUUCCUAUGCUCGCCCCGGUGGGGAAUCGAUCAAGGACACCAAUUUGUAUGUGACCAAUCUGCCGCGCACUAUAACCGACGAUCAGCUGGAUACGAUCUUCGGAAAGUACGGCUCCAUUGUGCAGAAGAAUAUCUUGCGUGACAAGCUCACUGGUCGUCCACGUGGUGUAGCCUUUGUUCGGUACAACAAGCGCGAGGAGGCCCAGGAGGCCAUAUCGGCCCUGAACAACGUUAUACCCGAGGGCGGAUCACAGCCGCUGUCUGUCCGGUUGGCCGAGGAGCAUGGCAAGGCGAAGGCGGCACACUUUAUGUCGCAGAUGGGCGUGGCUGCGCCAAAUGUCCCACCACCGCCGCCACCACCGCCACCGCAUAUGGCCGCCGGAUUCAACAAUAUGGUGCACAGAGACGGAGCUAUGGAAAAAUUACGCUCAUUAUUUGAUGCUAUAUGCGAUGCUAUCUUUGGUCUCGAUAGCGAUAAUUUUGCCGAUUUGCUUGACGGACUGUACCGCAGGAAGUACCACUAUCCUUACUUAUAAUUGACGCCGCAACAGCAGCAGCAACUACAACAACAUCAGCAGCAGGCGUUGGGCUUUACUAGUAACACCAACAAUAGUAUUGGCAACGGUAAUGGUAACGAUAACAACAUGCUACUCUAUCACCAACAUUACCAUCAACAACAACUACAACAACGCCUGGGCAAUGUUGCUGCUCACAGUAUAAGUCCGAAUGGAAGCAAUAAUAACAUUAACAACACAAACACCAAUAGCAUUAACUUAAAUACCAUCCGCCAGAAUGGAGUUGCCGCACUUCACUAUCUUCAGGAGCAAUUGCAAUUGCAACAACCGCAAGAGCAACAAUCACAACAGCAACCGAUGACUAUGUCAUCGCCACCGCCGUUUCAACAACAAUCACGACAACCACACGUUAAUGGCAGUAGUGGCAGUCUUGGCAAUCAAUUGCUUGCCAUUGGCAAUAACAAUAGCUUCAACAACAAUUCCAAUCACUCCAAUAGUUUUAGUGGCAGUUACAACACCGCUAGUGCGUUCACCAACAACAACGGCGCCAGCAGCAGCAGCAACCCCACAAGCAAUGGAAACUUUAACAACAGCACCAUUAGCAGUGGGAACUUUACCAACAAUGCGGCUAGCAGCAGCAACUUCAGCAACAAACUUUCUGGCGGCAGCAAUUACAACAACAACAGUGGAAAUUUUAACAAUAAUGCAGCUACCAGCAGCAAUUUCAACAAUUCAACUAACAGCAGCAACUUCAGCAAUGCAGUUACAAGCAGCAACUUCACCAACAUUGCAGUUGGCAGCAGUAGUUACACCAAGAACUGCAGCAGCAACUUGGUUGGAAACAGCAGUAACAACAGUUCCAACAAUCACACCAACCACACCAAUAUUCGCCACAGUUCGCCGGAGCACGACUUUAGUUUUAAUAUGUCGACAACUGAGCUAGAACUGCAUCAGCAAACACUCAAGUUGCAAAACCUGCAUCUCAGCAACAGCUUCAACAACACCACAGCAGCUUCAACAACAUCAGCAGCGGCAGGAGCAACUUCCACUUCAACAACGGCAACUGCAUCAACCACGAACCCCACAAAUGUCGGAUUCUUAUGGCGUACAUAACCAGAGAGUUGGGAAGCGAAUGAUGAAGGCAAUCUUCAAAUUAAAAAUUAUAUAUAACAAACGUAUAUAUAACUAUGAAUACCUUUUGAUUGAUCAUUGUAGUAUCAGCAUCCAUCGAAACCAUAUACAAAAACCCAAAUUUUUAUGUUCUCAAACCCCAAGAAUUAUUUACCUAUAUAUAUUUUUUUUUGUAUGUUCCUCACUUUAACCCUUAUGUUGUAGUUGGUUUUUUUUGUGCUUUUUUUUGGGAGGAAUCUUUUUUUUCUUUUUGUAACUAGCUAUAAGACAAGACACGUAUAUGUAUACAAUUCAUAAAUAAUUAUAUAUAUACAGAUAUAUAUAGAAUGAGAUAUCGACGAAGAAGGCGAUCUUUUUUUUGCUUAAACUUAGAGAAAAAAAACCUAUGAGAAACACAUUUUUUUGUCACAUAUUUAUAACGUAUAAUCAUAAAGAAAUAUAAACAACAAAAUAUAUUAUACACAAACACACACAUUAUAUAUCUAUAACUAUAUAGCAUACUUGUAGGCGUGGAGGCAUAAGCUCUGAUUGAUUUUUUUUUCUCUGUGUCUAAAACUGAUUUUUUUGGCGCGAACUAUGCCGCAACAACGUACACGGGCAUCGUGUAUGUUUAUAGCUGAAGUAAAACCAGAUACAAUAUGAAUAUAUAUUAUUUUUUUCAUUAUUUAUAAAUCCAAUUUUUUUGUCUAUAUUAUACGUAACGAAAUGGCUGGACAUGCUCAAGUUUUCAGGCUGUUUAUUGAUACAUUUAAAAGGAAAACGAAACACUUACCUAGAAAUAUGCUUGAGUAAGAGAAGGAGAAAGAGAUCCAGACAAAAUUACAAUACAAACCCAAUUUUUUUCAUAGCUCUAAUGAAUAAUACGUAUUUUUUUUUACUAAAUAUAAAUACUUUUUUUUGAAAUCCAUUUUUUUAUUAGUUUAUUUUACUAAAGGACUUGAGCAUGUAGCAGCAAAAAAAAAACGAAAAGAAACAACAUACAAAAACGAUUAAGAAAAAAACGUGAUAAACUGCCCGACAAAACGGAAAUAAGAGGAAACAGUAUAAAAAAGUAGAAGAGAAAAUAGAAACGAAAUCGAAAGCAAAGAAAAAAAGCACGUAAAAUCAUAGGAGUGACAUGGCUUGGUUAUCUAAACUUAUCUAUUUAAAAAAGAACACUCCAUCGUAAAUGUUUUAACAUUGUAUUUUAUUUUAAGUUUUUGGUUUUUAUAUAUUCACUAAACACGAUUUUCGACAUUCUAAAUCGGCCAGUCACUUCCUCCUGCAAACAACAAAUAUUUUUUCGGUGUAGGUUCAGAAAUUAAUGGAAGAAGAAAAGAAUUAUAACAACUUAAAAAUAUGCGAUGAUCCUUCAUGCUAAAUUCUAUCAAUACUUUUAUUAAUUACUUAUAAAAAAAACAUUGUAAAAAAUUUUAAUUUGUUAAAAAAAAACAAUAUUACUGAAUUUCAAUUUCAAUUUUAUUUCAUUAUUUUAUUAUCAUGUCUCUGGCUUAAAACAACUUACAAAAAAUAAGAAAACAAUUAUUUAAGGCAACUUAAUAAACAUUUUCGACACAAACAACAUUA